AUAUCUCUGUGCCGGCAACGUAUCUUCGCCCAUAUCUGUAUCUCCCCGGCCGUCUCUGUCCGCUCUCACAUCUCCCACCACCGCCGCCGCCGCGCACGCGCACGCUCAUCACGAUCGAUCGCAUCUCGGACGCCCACUAAAACCAGCCCGCCAUGCCGAGCGGCUCCACCCACGCGCUGGCUCUGGCGCCGACGACGACGCACCGGGGAGGGGAGCCAGAGCACCCGGCCCACUGCCUCCUGCUGGAGCGCAUGGCGCCGCUACGCCUGGCGGGGGCCGCGGGCGCGACGACGACGUCGUCGGGCAGGCGGCUCACGCGGCUGCUGGUGAACGUGACGGUGGACCGGAGCCUGUGGCCCGUCCACCUCGUGCUGGGCGCCGACGCCACCGUGGCCGACCUCGUCCGUGCCGCCGUCGCCGCGUACGUGCGCGAGGGGCGCAGGCCGCCGCUCCCCGCCGGCGCCGGAGGCGACGCGGCGGACGGGUUCGAGCUGCAUUUCUCCAAGUAUUCACUCGAGAGUUUGAGGCCCGAGGAGAAGGUGCUGGAUCUGGGGUCUCGCAACUUCUUCCUCUGCGCGCGGAGAUCUUCUGCUGCUGCCUGUUCAUUUGAUCGAGCACAUGCGUCACCGUAGUAGAUUAGUAUGUAUGGUUAAGUUAAUCCGGUCAAGGCAUCCUGAUUUGCGUUUUAAAAUUUAAGCUUGUAGAGAAUGGACGGAUGAUAUGUUUUCAUGUGAUUUCUCCUCUA